AAACUCUUCUCCUGCUUUUUGCAGUCACCUAUACUCCAAGGAGAGCUAGAUGAAUUGUGAUCCUUUGGUUGUGGUCAGCUGCUCUUUUUGGUGCCGGUUUAUGAUUUGAACCGAGGGGCUUUCUGACCCUGGGAAUUUUCACAAGACUUCACCAUGACACUUCUGGGGUCUGAGCACUCUAUGCUGAUUCGGAGCAAAUUCAGAUCAGUUUUACAGUUGCGGUUACAGCAGCGAAGAAGCCGAGAGCAGCUUGCCAGCCAAGGCAUCAUGCCACCACUGAAAAGCCCUUCUCCCUUCCAUGAGCAAAAGAAGAGCUUGGAGAGAACCAAGACUGAAGAUUAUUUUAAGCACAAGAUCCGAAACAGACCUGAGCAUUCUGAACUGCUUGAUAUGCACAUUGUUCAAGAUUCAACUGCAGAAGAAUCUGUUCAAGCUAGUCAGAUGAAACUAAAACGAGCCCGUCUUGCAGACAAUCUGAAUGAAAAAAUUGCUCUUAGACCAGGACCUCUGGAGCUGGUGGAGAAGAAUAUCAUUCCCAUUGACUCAGCUGUGAAAGAGGCCAUCAAAGGUACCCAGGGAAACUUCACUAAAUCUUCAGAUGCCUUUGCUUUUGAAGAAGAUAGCAGCAAUGAUGGGAUGUCCCCAGAGCAAGUUAAAAGUGAGGAUUCUCAAGGGUCUACAGAAUUGGCAACAAGAAUCAAAAUACCUGAAGCAACAUUUCCUUCUGUGUCUGGGACAACUCAGGGCCAUUCCCAUAGUUCUGAAAAUGAUAUGACUGAUUCGUCAUCUCUGCAAAAUAGUCAGCCAGAAAGUCCAAAACAGCUCAAUGGGCCGCAGACACCUCCUAUUCCUAUUCCUACAUCUGUGAAGAACACACAGUCAAAAUCUUCAAGUGAUGGCAAGAAUCGCCACAAAAAACCUAAGGAGAUGAAGCCCAAAGUGAAGAAGCUAAAGUAUCACCAAUACAUUCCACCAGACCAGAAGGCAGAGAAGUCUCCUCCUCCCAUGGACUCUGCCUACGCCAGGCUACUGCAACAACAGCAGCUCUUCCUGCAGCUCCAGAUCCUUAGCCAGCAACAGCAGCAUCGACACCAGCAGCAGUUCAAUUACCCUGGGUCACAUUCCUCUCAGCUAAAACAACCAAAUGAGCCUAAAAUCUCAGGCUCUUCCCCUACGACAAUCACCAAUAAUCCUCUUUCUCCAGUGAAGGGAACCUUUUCUGGGCCAUCUUGCAUUUCAUCCCUCAAACCAGGUCCUCUCCCAUCCAAUCUGGAUGACCUCAAAGUGUCAGAAUUAAGACAGCAACUCCGAAUAAGGGGACUUCCUGUGUCAGGUACAAAAACAGCCUUGAUGGAACGUCUUAGACCUUUUCAAGAGUGCAGUGGGAAUUCAGUGGCUUCUUUCAAUGAAAUAACCACUGUUACUUUCCCAGUAACCCCAACAAGCUCUCUCUCCAGUUAUCCAUCGCAGUCUUCUACCAGUCUGUUAUCCAAUGGCUUUUACCACUUUGGCAGCACUAGUUCCACUCCACCCAUCUCUCCAGCUUCCUCUGACCUUUCAGUGAGUGGCUCCUUGCCAGACAGUUUCAAUGAAGGACCAAUGUCUUCCCCACAGUUUGUCUUGCACCCUUCACCUGUGCAAGGUGGUUGUGAGGAAAACCUGGUGGGAAGCAUCAACGGAGCUGGCAUCCAGCAUGAUGUUGAAAGGGUUGACACAGAGAAAGACAAAAUGUUAGUGGAAAAGCAAAAAGUAAUCAAUGAGCUGACUUGGAAAUUGCAACAGGAGCAGAGGCAAGUGGAAGAGUUGAGAAUGCAGCUCCAGAAGCGCAAAAGAAGCCAUGGACUGGAAGAUAAGCAGCCCCCAGCACAUGUAUUUGGUUUUCCAGUCAAGCAGGAGAAUGCAGUGUCCAGCUGCCCAUUUGCCUCUAAGCAAGCUGCCUUGAAAGGUAAAGCUAGCAAUUCUGAGGCAUUAAGUAACUGUGGGACACCUCAGAUGCCUCAUCUUGUAAAUAGCCAUUGUAUGGAACCUUCCGGACAAAAUGGCAUACUGUCCUCCACAUUCCUAAGCCCACAGUGCUCUCCUCAGCAUUCUCCACUAGAGGCAGCAAAGAGUCCUCAACAUAUUAGCCUUCCGCCCUCACCAAACAGCCAUUACCUUCUCUCCAUGUCUCCUAGCCAUCAGGGAGAAGGACGCAGCAGUUCUCCACAACCCAGCCGCCAUUUGUGCACAACUCUGGUGCCGACACAAGCAGGCCCAAAGUAUUCCGUUCUCUCUGCCAGCUUUUGUAAAUCCAGUGCUGCUCUCCCAGAGGGAAAACAGCCUCCACCUUAUGCUGAUGCUGUAAAACAGCAAAUGACUCAAAGUCAGCAGAUGGAUGAACUAUUAGAUGUGCUUAUUGAAACUGGAGAAAUGCCUGCAAAUGCUAAAGAGGACCGCCCUUGUCUUCAGAAGGUACCUCAGAUAACAGUGUCUUCAGGAACUUCUGGAACACCCUUGUUACUAAAGGCAUCCACUGCAUUUGAGCAAAACACCUCAAAUCAGCUCCCCUUUGAACGCUGCUCGAGCAAUGACAGUCAUUUGGAAAUCUUGUUAAAUUCCCACAGUCCUCUUGGGCGGUCAAGUGAAGUCACCCUUCUGAAAUUGGGUACCGAGGAACCUCACUUUGAUGGAGCAAUGGAAGGAUUUUCUAGCAAGGCUGCCGAUGAAUUAGUCUCACCCCAUGAGAUCCUGCCAACUCCCCUCUCGCCCAUGGAGACUCAGUUGUCUCCCUCAUCUGGUGAAGGAACUGGUUUGCACAUGAGCUUCACAGAGUCUCCCUGGGAAACAAUGGAAUGGCUGGACCUCACACCACCAAGCUCAGCCAAUGGUUUUGGUUCCCUGACCACUACAGGGCCCAGCAUCUUCAACAUCGAUUUCUUAGAUGUUACUGAUCUCAACUUGAACGGCACUAUGGAUCUGCACUUACAACAGUGGUGAUCAAAGUAAACCUUAAGGAUGGGGAGGAAACAUACCACAAGUAAUUUCUAUGGAAAGAAUUAAAAGACUAUUUUAGAAUGUUUUGGAAUAAUGCA